AUGGCUCCUUACACCAACUUGCGCCAUUCCUUCGCAGAGGCAGGCGCGUUGGACUCGGAAGACGAUCUUUUGGCCACCGCAACAACUGCUUCCGACACCAGACGACUCAAUUCAAAGAUGGCGCGAGGAACCAAGGCGAAGGCGGCUACCACUCGACGUGUGAGCGCUACAAAGCGCAAGGCUCCCGCCAAACCUCGAGCUCGACAACCAUUGAAAGACACAACCAACAUUCAGGCUGGCAGCGACACGGAAGAGGUGGAGCAAUUCGACGGCGACGAUGUCGCGAAGCCCAAGGCGAAGCGUGCGAAGACAACUACGACUACUGCAAUUUCUGAAUCCCGUGCGCCAGCAAAACCGCGAACCACCAAGCGAGCCCCGGUCGCCGAUACACUCAGAGUCAUUCCCGAAACACAGCCAGAUCCCGAACAGGAAGCCGGCGAUGUCUCCCAAUCCAUCGAAAUUGACGAGAUGGAUAUCGCCGCCAUUCCCACGCCGCCACCCCCAGCACGAUUCGCUCAGCGACCUCGGUCCACCUCCGUCCAGCCCCAGAUCCAAGCUCUACUACCACGCCCAAGCGCCCGCUCAGCAUCUGUACAGGCUGGCUACCCACCUCCUCGCGAACGAAGCGGAAGCGCUAGUGGCGCCGAGCGCGAACGAAGAGGUGGCGACCCUGAGCUCAGACGAAAGCUGAACGACGUGACGCAAAAGUACGAGAAGCUCAACCUCAAAUACCAAAAUCUUCAAGAAGUCAAAGAGACGGGAGCGCAGAGUAGCUUUGAGAAAUUGAAGCGCGCGAGUGAGCAGAAGGCGAAAGACGCGGACGCGCUUGUUGCGGGCUUGAAGAAGGAAUUGGCCGAGCUGAAGAAGGCGAGCGCUGCUAGUGCGAAGAAUGUCGCCGAGGCGAAGGAGAACGAAGCCUUGCAGAAGCAGCUAUCCAGCGCAACGGCGACGAACAGCGGCCUGGCAACUGAGAACGCGAAUCUGAAGUCUUCAUUGCAGGUGGCGCAGAACGAGGUCAAAGCACUCGAGGCUAAGCUGGUAGCCGCACGCCAACAGAGCUCUGCGCAGGAAGAGAACAAGAAGGGCGCCAUGGACGGAAAGAACAAUCUCAGCCGCAGUGUCGGACCGAAUGCCACCGACGCUCAGAAGGAAGCCAAGAUGAAGGAGAACCUCUACUCCGAUCUGACCGGCCUCAUCAUCCGCGGCGUCAAGAGGAAAGAGGGAGAAGAUGAAUACGACUGUAUCCAAACUGGCCGGAACGGAACACUCCACUUCCACCUAUCCGUCGCCAACGACUCGAGCAUCCCCAAUCCACGCACGCCCUCCGGCUUGUCGUACGGAGAGGCCGAAUUCGCCUACGAACCUUUACUCGACGAGAGCCGCGAUCGCGACUUGAUGGACAUCCUACCAGACUACCUCACCGAAGAGAUCUGUUUCCCCCGAAACCACGCCGUCAAAUUCUACACGCGCGUGCUGGACAGUAUGACGAAGAAGGUGGACGUAGUAGAGUAA